AUGGUCAUUCUCAAAGUACAACGAACAAAUGAACCAGGCCUCGAAAAUGCUGUUGUUAUUAAUUCAAAUGUACAGGAAUUAAGACCAUAUUCAGAAAUACAAAUAACGAAAUCGAAUGGCACUCAACAUCGAUUUCGAUUAAUAAUGAAUUCAUAUGUCACAAAUGGCUAUAUCUUAAUCAACGAAAAAGAGAGCAAGCUGCGUCGUCUUCAUUUAAAUCAUAAAUAUCGUGUAGAAGGUGUCAAAUCAUCAGUGAUAGACAAGAAGGCGCAGAUUGAUUACAAAAAACUUAAUCUUGCUGGUUGCACAUCAGCAAUUGAAGAAAUUGUUCGACGAGUUUUCAGACCACGAAAAUUUCCGUCCGAUAUGUGUAGAGAAAUGAAAAUUCAAUAUAUUCGUGGUGUUAUUUUACAUGGACCACCUGGCACAGGCAAAACAAGCACUAUACUUGCAUUGUGCGAGUAUUUUGGUCUUGAACCAAAAGUAAUUAAUGGUCCAGAACUAAUAAAGUCGGUGUUUGGCAAAUCAGAGCAAGCAGUUCGAGAGCUCUUUGAAGAAGCUAUUUUCGAUCAAGAAAAUAAAGGUGAUUCAAGUCCACUACACGUCAUUGUUUUCGACGAAAUGGAUGCUUUAUUUAGAAAGCGAACAUCAGAUAGUGGUGCUUGUGAAACACGAAACGGCAUCGUGACUCAAUUAUUGACGAUGCUAGAUGGGGAAAAAAAAUUAAACAACAUUAUCGUCUUCGGUACAACCAAUCGUUUUGAUAUGCUUGAACCAGCCUUACUUCGUCAUGGUCGAUUUGAUUUACAAAUUAAAAUAGACCUACCGAACGCACGCGAAAGAUUGGAGAUAAUGAAUUAUCAUCUUCGCGGUGUUAGAAAAUCUGGUAAUCUAUCAUCAAAUGUAUUAACAAGUCAUCUUGAAGAACUUGCUAACAUAACAAAUAAUUACAGUGCUGCAGAUAUAGCAGGAAUAGUUCAAGAAGCCAUUUCCGAAGCAUUUGCUCGAGCUUAUGAUAAUAUCAUAACUGAUCUGGGUAAACUCAAACGAGAAGAAUGUAAUAUUUGUGUGGAAUGGAAUGAUCUAGUUACUGCAUUUCAUAAAUCUGAAAAAAUGCGUCAAAUAGGACAAGCUCAAUUUCAAACAAAGGAGAUCGAAUCAAUAAUCGAUUACAAUCAAUAA